AUAAUAGAUAGAUAUACAUUGUACAUGUAUGUAUAUUUUGUAGUUUAUCUGUGCCAUAAUUUUUCCUUAUCUUUCAGGCAAAAUUGCGGCAAUGGUUGGAUCUUAGCAGGGACAUCGUGACACAAGAAGAUGAUGGGACGUCUGUCGCUUAUAAAUAGCAGAGAGCACCCUGACUCAUAGCUGCAUACACACAAGGAACGGCAAAACUGCAUCUCACAGACCAAUGAACCAUCAAACGGAGGCCUCAUAAAUGUUGAACGUCGUGCGAUCUUAUGUUGUAAGGUUAACCGGUCGUCCUUGCAGUUUUGUCCAAUUGCUGACGCGUCACCAGCUGGUAUAACGUCACCGAACAGGCUGCAGUAGGAUUGUCGACUUCGAUGCGUUUACUUUUUGUGUUGGAACAAAGUUCUAAAUCCUAAAUGGCGAUCUAAUGUACUGUCGGUACAGCUUUUAAAAAUGGAUGAAGAGGACGCGGAUAUUACGGCCAACGUUUCUCGCUGCUGCAUUUCUGCCAUAGGGAUGCUGGCGAACUUGCUCAUCUUGUUCAUCGUGACACGCUACCCCGCCAUGCGGACUGCUUGCAACGUGUACGUGGCUAAUCUGGCGGCGACUGACUUCGCUCUCUGCCUCCUCGCCCUCAUCCAGUCCAUAGUUGGCAUUUCCGAACCACCUUCUGCGCCACAGGAAGGGUCCUCAGGUUUGAGUUUGUCCUACAUGCGAAGCUGUGACAUCGGCCGUAUCUUCGUGGUUUUCCUUGGCUCUGCAAGCGUCUUCUUGCUGACAGUCAUCGCCGUGGAACGCUACAGGGCGAUAACAAACCCCCUGAGCAGCAGACAACACGGGACCGUGAAACACUCGCGAAGGAUCAGUGCUCUGGUGUGGAUGGUGGCCGUCCUGGCUGCAGUUAUGGACACGAUCGCCAGGAACGUUGUCACCGAAGACUGGACUUUCACAGGCGCUAGUUUGUACACUGGAGCCUCGUGUGUCAUGUUAAAGAUUGAAUCGUCUGAUGCCAGUCAUCCCUUCUUUGUCAUGUUGCUCUUGUCCUUUUUGUUCCUCUACGUUUUGCCCAGUUGUAUUAUAAUCCCUCUGUACAUCCUCAUAUUGAUCCAAGUGCGGCGGUCUCGCCGUCUGGCCGUGAUAGAGACCAGGUCGGGUGACCAGGCGUUUCUCGUUGUGUUCGUCGUGACAAUUUUCUUUCUCGUCACAAUGCUUCCUUUCUAUAUCAUGUCUUUUCUCAUUCAUUCAUUUGAUCCGAACAAAAACUACAAUAUAACCGGUGUAUCUAUAGCGCUUUCCUUCCUUGUGUUCAACUCAGUGGCAAACCCGUUUCUCUACGCUCUUCUUGGAAGAAACUUUCGCAACCAACUGAAGAGGAUGCUCUGCUGUAAACAGGACACAAUGACAACGAUACAGACCAUCAGCGCAACAAGUCUUUCUGCAGGAUCUGUAGGACAAACCCAGGCUACAGAUCUAGACGAGACGGGAGAAUACCAGGCGACAGGCGGGACAGGCCAGACCAUGGUUACAGUCGAGACAGGACAGACCCAGCCUACAGGACAAAACCUGGCUACAAACGGGACAGGACAGAUCCAGGCUACAGUAGAGACAGGACAGACCCAGGCUACAGUAGAGACAGGACAGACCCAGGCUACGGUGGAGACAGGACAGACCCAGGCUACAGUGUAG